GAGAGCGCGCGGAUUGCGCAAGGCGAGCGGCCUCGCCGGGUUCAUCCGGGCUUUGCGCGCUCCUUCUGCGGCGCUUCUCUCCUUCUCUCUCUCUCUCUCUCUCCCCACCUCGCGGGGAUGCCCUGCGGGGGACGCUGAGCCGGCACAAGUCGCGCCGGGGCUUCGCGGGGGCCGGGCGGACCUUCCCACGGGAGGCGGUGGAGAUGGCGGCGGCGGCGGCAACGCUCCAAGAGGCUUCCGAGAGGCAUUGCUGGGUGUGUUUUGCCACCGAAGGCGACGACCGGUCGGCAGAGUGGGUCUGUCCUUGUCGUUGCAAAGGAUCCACCAAAUGGAUCCACCAGGCCUGCCUCCAACGAUGGCUGGAUGAGAAGCAAAAGGGCAACAGUAUUGGCAGUGUGAGUUGUCCCCAGUGUGGAACGGAGUACUGCAUCGUCUUUCCCAAAGUAGGACCCGUGGUCUAUUUCCUGCAGCAAGUGGACCGGAUUUUAUCCAAAGUGAGUCCUUUUGCUGCUGCCGGCAUUGUGGUAGGGACACUGUACUGGUCGGCAGUGACUUACGGAGCUGUGACUGUGAUGCAGGUGGUUGGCCAUAAGAAAGGCCUGGAUGUGAUGGAGCGAGCCGACCCCCUUUUCCUGCUCAUGGGGCUUCCCACCAUUCCGGUCAUGCUGGUCCUGGGCAAGAUGAUACGCUGGGAAGACUACGUGCUUCGAGUCUGGCGGAAAUACUCCAGCAAGCUGCAGAUCCUGCAUUCUUGGGUUCCGGGAACCAGCCGUCCAAUCCCAUCGAUACCUCUGGCCGAGUCACGCUACCAGAGCGACCACCUUUCCAUCUCGCGCACCUUGUGUGGGGCCCUGGUGUUCCCAACUAUUGCCAGUCUCGUGGGCCGGGUCACAUUUCGGAGAGUUAACUCCAACCUCCAGCGUACCAUCCUGGGUGGCAUUGCUUUCGUGGCCAUCAAGGGAGCACUGAAGGUUUAUUUCCGCCAACAGCAGUACUUAAUCCAAGCCAACCGGCGCAUCCUCAACUUUGUGGAGAAAGAGGAUGUGGAAAAGGACUUGGUUCAGCCCGAGGAAGACAGCGGCAGUGAAGUGGGGCUCAGCUAGGAAGUACCGUUCCAGCUUCUGCGGAUCCCUCCAUUUUUUCUCUCUCCUUCCCCUCCAGAAUAAGCAAAUCUUUCUCUUAAGAGAGAUUGUAGCUCAUCCAGCGUCCCUUUUGAAGCAAGUGCCUUUCGGGCAACCCAGGUGUGGCUGCUUUGUGUUGUGGGGGAGAUGCUGACUCGAGGUUGGGUGAGCCAGAUCUCUCUGCGAUCUUCUCAAUCAGUAAACAAUGCUCCUUUC